UUUUACAAAAACAUUUCGUCAAUAAUGGAUGAAAAUCAAUUGUGUUUCUUUGAAGAAAGUAGAAUAAAUUGCAAUUAUGACGAAAAUGAUUUCUUCACAAGAAUUUACAACGGAAGGUGGCAGGAAAUUUUACAAACUGAAGAAUUUAAAGCAUUUCUCUCAACCGGAAAUGAAAGCUUCACUAAAGAUCAAAAACUCGCAGUAGCAAUUGCUUGUCUUCUGGCUUUUACUCAACAUAACUUUACUGGUCCUGAUCUUAACACGUUGGAAACAUUUCGAUUUGAAACGAUUUGGAACAUUGACAGGAUUUCAGUGGAUGGCAUUGAAAUUAAUACAAAUAUUGAACAUGUUUUGUUGCUUUUUAUCAGUCAAAACAUCCUUGAAGACCUGUCCUGUCAAUUUCCAUCAGACAUUGUAAUAAAAAUUUGGAACCUUCGUUUAAUAAAAGUCUUUCAACGAUCAUUAGAUGAAGAUUCUGUAUCUAUUUACGAUAAAUUACUUAAAAUUCAUCAAGAACUAUCAUUGGAAAAACUUAAUGAGAUAAAAAACGAGCGAUUUCGAUUUCUUGUGCAACUUGAAGUUAUUUCAAUAUUUUUAAUGUAUCGUCGUGUGAAUAAAGUUGCUGAUCUAUUGAAGGAAGUUAAAGAGAUUUAUAAAAUCGAAAUGAUUGAGCAAGGAGUGCUUGGAAUGAGAACGAAAUGGCAACAGAAAGCACUUCCACAGUUUCACGUUUCAAUUGAACAGAAUAAUGCAGACAUGGAAUUGGCAUCAGAAAUAACUCAUCGAGAAACUGCAUUGAUAGAAUUACUAAAGCACAACGAUGAUACACUUUUGGAAACGAUGAUGUCAGUUGACUCCGAUUACAGAAAUCCAUCACAAGUUUCAUCUUCCAUUCAGAAUUUUGUUCUUAUCACUGCUCGACAUUUAGAAAUUUCACAACCUAAAGAUAAACUUGCCAAUGAAAUGAUUGAGCCAUAUUUGAGGAUUUUAUUAGCGCAAAAGAACGGUCCAUGGAUGAUUCGAUUAGACGCACUUCUUAUGAACAUCAAAAUUGAUGCAAAUCAUCGACGAACUGUUGAACGAAGUUUACAGCAAUGUGAAGACAUCGUGAUGAAAAUAAAAGAAAAAGAAGGACAAGCUCAACCAAUUCAGAGAUUUUCUUAUGUUUUCUCAAGUCUCAUGAUUCCUCGUCAUAAGAUUGAAGCUCAGCUUGCAAGUUUAAUGAUCAGCCUUGGCUUAAUUAAAGGCGCUCUUGACGUUUAUCUUCGUAUUCAACAUUGGGAAGAAGUCAUCGACUGUUACACUCGACUUGAACUUCGUCAUAAAGCAGCUGAAAUCAUUCAACAAGAACUUGAAAAGCUUCCAACAGUGAAACUUUACUGUUUGCUUGGCGAUGCCACAGACGACGUGAAAUGCUAUGAGAAAGCUUGGGAAUUCUCUAACCAUCGAAGUGGUUUAGCUCAACGUUAUUGGGGCAAUUAUUUCUUUGCGAAACAUGAAUAUGCAGAAGCAAUUCCACAUCUUCAAAAAUCUUUAGAAAUUAAUUCCCUGCAAGAGACUCUUUGGAUGAGACUUGGUUACGCUGCUUUAGAUGUGGAGAAUUAUGAACUCGCAGCAAGUGCUUACGUUCGUUACACACAACUUGAACCAGAUGGAUUUGAAGCAUGGAAUAAUCUUGCGAAAUGUUACAUCAAAUUGGGAAACAAACAACGAGCACAUAAAAUAUUUCAAGAAUCAUUGAAAUGUAACUUUGACAAUUGGAAAAUUUGGGAAAACUUUCUUCUUGUGAGUGUUGAUGUUGGUUGCUUUGAAGAUGCAUUAAAUGCUUACAAUCGUUUGAUUGAACUUAAGAAUAAAUAUUUUGAUGAAGAAGUUUUGACAAUAAUAAUGAAAGCAAUUGCGAAUGACUUAACCGAUGCCGAGGGCCUCGCAACCAGUCGAUUGAGAAAGAAAGCUUUGGAAAUGUUGGCACAUCUCGGUUCGAUUCAUUCGAAUGAAGGUGUGGUUUGGGAACUUUCAGCGAUGUUGACAAAUGAACCGUUGAAAAAAGCUGAGAAACUUCAGAAAGCACAUAAGGGAUAUGUCUCGAAAUCACCAGAUUGGGCAAAAGAUGAAACGAUUGGACUAACGAUGCUCAAGCUUUGUGAGAACCUUUGUGAAGUAUCUUUGGAAGCAUCAAAAACAUUCGAGGAACGCGAAAAAAUGCUUGUUUUAUCUCAGUUAUCAUCAGCUCGCUUGACGGCGCAGAGUUGCGUAAAGGUUGCCAUGUCGAAUGAGUGGGAGUCGUGUAGGGGUGUCACAUCUAACAUUAACCAACUUCUGGAAAGAAUUGUUUUGAAAAUCAAAGAAUUGAAAUAAAAUUUAAAAGAUUUUCUUUUCUUAUAUUU